AUGAAACCAUACAAGUGAAGGUAAGCAAAUUCGUCCAAUUUUUCUCGCACAACAGCACGGUUCUAUGAUUAAUAACAAUUAAUCUGUCAAUCCCCUGAAGUCACCAUAGAGUGGCUUUUGAUGAUCCAAUAAUUUGUAUUCACACUAUGAUUUACCUCAUACUUGACCUGUUUUCUACCACGUCAAUUGGAAGCGCAAAGCUAACAGAUCUUCGCUUCAGACCUCAUCAUGGCGCCAGCCUCGGCACCAACCCAAGUUACGGAACCUUUUCCUAUUUCCUGCAUUGCGGGUCGCUACCUCCUCUUCGAUGUGGAUGUCGUCUCGCAUUGUCGGCGCAAGCACAACAUGUGCGGCAUGCUUGUCGGCACAAUCCCGAACAUGUCUCAACAGAAUGUCUUCCUGGGUAUUCCACUCGAGCUCAUGCCUGAAGAGGCGAGGGUUCUUGUUGAGAACGGCAACGCAUACGUUGUUGAUGAUGUAGAAGUACAUCGUCAGGGAUUCAUAGAGAUGAGCAGGGAAGACAGACUGAACGCUCUCGAGGAGAUGGAUCGCAGGGGUAUCGAUGCAGCCAAGGAGAGCAUGGAUAAGGCGGAGAGGAAGAAGGACAAGGCGUUGAAGGAGAAGGGGCUGAGGAGAGAAGUGCUAGAGAGACAGAACGUGGGCAGUGUUGCAGAAAAUACCGUGGUCGAUGAGACGUCUGGUACAGAAUCCUCCAGCGAUGCGGGAUCUGACCUUGGCUUCAUUAUGAAGGGAUCAACCUUCUUGGACUCUUCCACUAAGGAAACCCGACCCAGCAUCGAUGCGUCCGCCGCCGAGACAACCCUCUUUGAUUCGAGACCCGCGUCUCCUUCACCGUCUGUCAACAGCACCAAUCUCAAGGGCGUCAAUGUCUCACGCCAAUACGUUACGCCCACGACCUCUUACCCACUCCUAGCGACACCUCCACAAGACACCUCACUUCCACUCCCUCCUGUCCCGGCGAGCUACCCACUCUUCCGCUAUCUGCAUUCUCGCGGCUACUUUCACAUGCCCGGUCUGCGUUUCGGUUGCAACUACUCCGUCUACCCGGGCGAUCCUCUGCGCUACCACAGUCACUUCCUCGCUACGGGCAUGGACUGGGAUCGCGAGUUUGAUCUUCUCGACGUUGUCGGGGGUGGACGUCUGGGCACAGGCACGAAGAAGGCGUAUAUGAUUGGAGGGGGCGACCCGAAGGAUGAGUCGGUUCGUGCGUUCUCGAUCGAGUGGGCGGCGAUGUAGUGGUACUCUUCGCUUGAUGGCAAAGGGAGUGGUAUAUGAUGUUACGAUGAUAUUGGUAGAAAUGAUACCCAAAUCAAGCAAUAACUUAUUAUUUUGCUCCUGUGGUGCGCUCGCUCUAUCUGCGUAAUUUAUUCACUUGCGUCGACGUCUUGUAGUUGUGUUUUCACAACAUUCAAUCCGACAAAAAUUCUCACUACAGCCAUCCGUCGAUACAGUAGUUUUUAUGUAUCCACAUAAAACCUCCCUUCCCUUCCCAGAUUCCCACACAAAAGUCGACGCUCGAUAUCUGCCCCCAUCUCAAGUAUCUGCAUUCCGUACAAUAAACAUGAAUUUCCACAACGACUACUUUCAAGAUUAAUCGAAA